CAAAUAUAUUAUAUUGCGACCAAUUUAUUGACUAAUUGUAAAUUCUAAACUUGUUAUACACAUUUAUACUUUGCGUAAAUAUUAGGAGAAGUAUAAAAUCCCUUACAUGUCAUGUAUUUCCGCCAUAUGUGAUUACACUACAUUCAAAUUUGGCGCGCGCUUGGGUGUCUUCGAGGAUUGCAUUGCGCUGCCACUUUGGCAUUAGCAUUACGUCAAUCAUCAGAGUUGUUGGGAUUUGUACUGAACGUCGUCCCAAAUUUGCAUUUUGUCUAAUAUUUGUCUGUUUUUACAAACUAUUUUAGUGUUAAUAAGUGCAAUACAUACGGAAAAUAUUACACAAGGACUACGACAAUAAAACGAAUAUAGAAAAUGAAUCCAGAAUAAUUCAUGAUUGCAGUUAUGCCCCCUAGCGGACAUUUCAAAAACUUGCAAAUAUUUUCGAGGUUUUUCUCUUGUGAUUAUUUAUUUAAACUUCUACUUAUUGGCGAUUCAGGCGUAGGGAAGUCAUGCUUACUGCUCAGGUUUGCGGAUGAUACAUAUACGGAAAGCUACAUCAGUACCAUUGGGGUAGACUUUAAAAUCAGAACUAUCGACUUAGAUGGAAAAACUAUUAAAUUGCAAAUUUGGGACACCGCAGGUCAAGAGCGAUUCAGGACCAUCACUUCCAGCUAUUACCGAGGGGCACAUGGUAUCAUCGUAGUGUACGAUUGCACCGACCAUGAUUCCUUUACUAACGUGAAGCAGUGGCUGGAAGAGAUCGAUCGCUAUGCUUGCGAUAACGUUAACAAGCUGCUUGUAGGCAACAAGAGCGAUCUCACUACGAAAAAGGUCGUGGAUUACACUACUGCAAAGGAAUACGCCGACCAGCUAGGCAUCCCAUUCCUGGAGACCUCCGCAAAGAACGCGACGAACGUGGAGCAGGCCUUCAUGACAAUGGCAGCGGAGAUCAAGAACCGGGUGGGGCCGCCGUCGUCUGCAGCGGAUCAGGGCAAUAAGGUGCGCUUCGAUCAGAGCCGUCCGGUCGAGACGACCAAGUCGGGCUGCUGCUGAAAGGAUACGCGGCGGCCGAAGCGUACGUCACGGGGAAUGCCGCCGUUGCCGCCGCCGCCGGUCGGUACGCACCUGCUACUGAUCUGCCGUAUAUGUCACAUGUUUGGUCAUUUAUCAAGUCAUCUUUUUUUUACAGUAGCUGAUGCUACAAUGUUACACUAUCCGUCUAUAUGUGUAUAGUUAUUUUAUUUCAUUCAGAGUUCAUUUUAUUAGAUUUGUUAUUAAUAUAAUGAAUAAACAGCCCUUCAUCCAUAGCCUAAUUUAAUUUCCUUUUAGCUAAGUUUUAUAGAGAAAUUGAAGGAGUUUAUAUAGAUAUGUACCAAGAAACAAGGAAAACACGUGAUUUGCCAGUUUUGUAUAUUUCUUUCAGCACAGUGUUCUCUUUGUUUUGUUCUUUCACCUUAUGUUGACAAUUUCAUGGAUAUACUUAUGAACUUUUUUAUCUAGGUAGUGGGUCGCUCGGCAGAGUAUAUUAGCAGUAAAUUAACCUGAAUUAUAAUGUCAUAGUUAUAUAGAAAUAUUUUGGCCACUGAGUUUGCAUAAAACUUUUCAAGAAAUAUGAUGGACUUAGUAAGCGUCUUGACUGAUGCUUCGUAAUCUAAUUGUAAAUUUUGUUGCCUCGUGUAUCUCCUAUUUCCUAUCAUUUCAACUGCAGUCUAUAUGUCUACUAAAUGAUCACAAUCUGAGUGAGAAAAAGCAUAUUUUUCCCUACUGGUUUACUUACCUUAAUCAAAAUUGUGAAUAUUUAUCUGUGGGAUCCUGAAAGCAAGUCAGAACAUAACAAGUGAUUUGUUCCUUCCCAAAAUUAGACCUAAGUUAUUUCUUAUUAUAUUAUUGGAUUAUCAGUUAUGAAAACCCAACACACAUUCUUCUAUAUUAUGCACCAAAUGCUAAUAUUACAGAUUUUCUGUUCGUAUAUGUCAUAUGACUCGGUUGUGCCAAGAAACCCAAUUUGACCUAAUAGUCUGAGAUCCCAAGGCUACCAGACAACUUAUUUUCUGAAAGAUAAAGUGUGGGGCAUACAGUAGCAUUUAUAUGUACCUGCGUACCUCCAAGUUGGGUAGAAGAAGCCUUGGUAUCUAACUCUACAUCAGUGGACAUGCCCAUAUCAUUGAGACGUAAUUUGAAAUGUAUACUUUCAACUUGCAAGUUAGGUACAAUAACUCUUGCUGGCCUGACGUUAAGAACAACAUUAGAAAUGAACAAUUCACAAUGGGUCUAGGGCAUAUAUGAAAUAGUGUAUAAAUCAUAGUAUGCAUAUUUAAUAUCAAAUUGAUGUGUACUCGUAUAAAGUCAUUCGUGAAGUUUAAAGGAACAAUUUCGAGAAUUGGUCAUGUUUCUUUAAAUUGAACUUACAAAUUAUAAUAGAAACUUUUGUAGCAGAUAUUUGUAUAAUGUAAACAAGUAAUAUAAGUAAAAUUGAGUUUGUUUUUA